GGCAUCUGGAUGGGGGCAGGCACAGCAACCUUACCCUGCAUGGUGGUGGGAGGGUAGGACAAUGCCAGGCCAGUCCCUGCAGGCCAGCCAACAGACAGGACUCUGUGUGCCAUGCCAGGCCAGCCCCUGCAAUCCCGGGGCAGCCAUGCUAGAUAGUGGUGGGCAGAGUGUUGAGGUGGGGGCUGGCAGGCCGACCAAAGCAGCAGGUGGAGUGCCAGAGCUUGGGGAGUGAGGGUGCUGAAGUGGGCAGUCGGGCCAUUGGCAAGAGCAACACAUCUGAGUGGAAAGCGGCCUUGGUACAAGUGGGGCAGGUAAGGAAAGAAAUCCUCGCUCCCCCAAGAAAUUGCCUUUCUUUCCUUACUUGACUUCCAGCCCCGUGCCGUUACUGCUUCGCAAUCUGUCACCGCGUGAAAGGAAACAAAGGAAGUUUUUUUGGGAAAGAUUGCGAAGUUGGAAUUGAUUGACUGACCUUUUUUCCCCAAACAAACUUCCUUUGUUUCCUUGCACACGGUGGUGGCAGAUUGCUUUUUUUUAUUCCCGCAAAAGACGGGCACUCUGCACAUGCCCAGAGAUGCCAGCUCCAAGCCAAAAAAAGCACCAUUCCAAGGCAUUGCCAAUGAGUAGCAUGCAUGUGUAUGUCUGGGAGUGGGGCAGUCACCUGCAGUCCCAGGAGUGAUCCUCCUCCUCCUCCGAUCACAUGUCGUGUCCCCUCCACAUCUUCAGUGAGUGACGUGGGAAGGCUUAAUGGUGGGUGUGGGGGGCCCGGGAGGAGCUGUACAAAGCAGGCGGAGGGGAAACCAGGCAGAUUGCGGGCACCGCUCCUCACCUCCUCUAUGCUGCUGCCGUCGCCACUGCUGGUUUGGCCAAAGUGACCCAGCCAUCGCCGCCAGCAUCAUAGUCCUGCCUGGCUCUACUGCUGUCAUGCCACUGCCCCACUCUGGCUCUGGGCAGUGCCUCUGCCCUGUGUGGCUGCCCGCUCAUGCCCGCUCUGAACUUGCAAUCAUCCUCCGAACCACCACCACCACUGAUGCUGCCGUAGCUGAAGGAUGGUGCAGAAGUUGCACAAUGGGGGUGCAACUGGGCAGCUUUGAGCAAGAAGAAGGUAGACUUCAUGAGGCUAGACCAUGGUGCCCCCAAAUCCUCCCAUGAUGGGGCCCUGCUGAUUGCCGGCUCUGAAGGCAGCGGUAGCAGCAAACACGUCUUGAUCCACAGCAAGCCCUGUUCGGCCAUCAGCAGGAAGCUGCCCAAGAGGAAUGCCUUCUACUGCAAGCUCUUCUACAAUGUGCUGGAAAGACCCCAUGGCUGGGCAUUCAUCUACCACGCUUACGUGACUAUCAUUCUUCUAGAAGGUCAAACCUGAUUUGACUCCAUAGUUGCACCUGCUGUUGCUUGCAGUUUGCCAGACAGCAAGGGGGGGCGAGGAUGGCCAAAUUCCUAAGGAGGGAAGGAAGCUCCAGAAUGCAAGAAUGCCUUCUGUUGCUGUUUGUUAUUUUUUUAAUUUGUAUUUUAAGUUUUUAAACAAAUAAAAAAGUUUUUUAUUUUUUAGUUUUAUUAGUUUUAUUUUUUUAAGAAAGUUCAAUAAUAAUUAUUCAACA